GAAGAUCGCGCCACGAUAGCUUCGAGGACGCUUGCAAUGGCGGAAAAUGGAGUCUAUUAACCUGUGAUGUUGAUACAAUUGUUUUUAUCAUUAAAAAGCUUUUCAUGGAAUUAAAAUGGCUGGUAAAGUGUGGAAUUCAGAAAUAUGGAAAGCAUGGGAUAAACAUGGGAAAAAUGAUUUCCUCAAGUUAAUCAAGCACAAAUUUAAGGAAGGCAACACUACAGAAUGGAGAAGAGGAUUUUACGAAUUAAUAUCAAAUGGAAUCCAUGGGAACAUAAAAAAGGACAGUGUAGUUCAGACAUUAGGUGAACUCAUGAAUAUUGAUGGAGCAAUACCAUCUGCGAUAGUAGAUAUAUUUACACUAAUAGAUGCAGAAGCACAUAAUGAAGAAAGAAAUAAUUUUUAUUAUAUUGUGAAAGAAUCUGAAAAGUUUCUAACAGAUAGGAUAUUAAAGGAACGUUUAGAAAUUGAUACGUUGCAAGAUGUAGGAACAUUAAAAAAUAAGAAUUUCCAAACCAAAUUCAUUAAAGUGAAGACAAAAUUGUACUAUAAGCAACGGAAGUUUAAUUUAUUUAGGGAAGAAAGUGAAGGGUAUUCUAAACUCAUAGUGGAAUUGAAUCAGGAACGUCCAGGGAGCGAAGUACCAACGAUAUUAGAAAUUGUUAAAUCUCUUAUUGGCUAUUUCAAUUUAGAUCCUAACAGAGUACUGGACAUUUUACUAGAAACUUUCGAGAAUCGACCUCAGGAUGAUGCACUUUUUAUUCCUUUAAUUCGUUCGUAUAUGAGUGAUCAGCAGGUACUCUGCGAAGUUUUAGGAUUUAAAUAUUGUUCUACUGUCAAUGCUACUCCUUUCUCAUUGCAAAAAGUCACUGCACUAAUGUUGCAACAUGGUGUUAUUAAAUUGGACGAUAUAUUGCCAUGGCUAGUACCAGAUGAUAGGACCAUUAUUAAAGAACAUGAACAGGCUAUGAAACAAGCAAAAGAGUAUGUUCGUAAGUUGAGUGUAAUUUCCACUAAAGAUAAAGAAGAAGUACCGGAAGAAAAAGAGAAUCUACAGGAUAAGUAUGCGAGUAAUCAAAAGUACGGAUUAUGCGAAGCACUGUUAGAAAUAGGAGCAUGGGAAGUUGCACAAAACUUGUUUAAUAGAUUACCAGAGCAUAGUCUUACGGAUCAACGUCCUAUCGCAUUAGCGUUGUGCAAAAUGAUUCAAUCUCUUAUCGAAAAUGUUUAUCGCAAACAUUGCAUCAUAUCACCAAAAUUACAAGGUAGAAAAGUUCCAGCGUUAAAGAGCUCUCUCGCUCCGAAGCCAAUAGAAGAUCUCGAAGAGAUACAUGAUCAGUUGUUGCCAAUGCUCAUAGUCCUCGGUCCCAACCUACACCAUGACCCCGUUUUAAUGUAUAAAAUCAUGAGGUUGUGUCAUGCAGCCAUCAGACAAUGCUCGUUAGAUUCGAACAAGCAACCUGUCGAUAAAAACAAUAACCUGUAUUAUGAUGUAUUGACUAUACUUGACGUAGCAUUGUUGCCCUCUUUGUCAUUCAUGGAUUGCAAUUGUUGCGUUGCGGAAGAACUAUGGAAUAUUUUAAAGUAUUAUCCAUAUCAGAACCGAUAUUGUUUGUACGCGCGUUGGAAGAAUGAUACACCGUUGCAGCACGCUGCUCUUCUGCGAAAGAGAGCGGAUGCACAGAAAAAGAUCAAAUCCAUUAUGAAGAGAGUGAGCAAAGAAACCAUUAAACCCGUUGGAAGAUCAAUAGGGAAAUUAACGCAUUCUUCACCUGGUGUAUUAUUCGAUUAUGUUCUUAUACAAAUCCAGUUGUAUGAUAAUCUUAUAGGACCUGUUGUAGAUUCUUUAAAAUAUUUGACAAAUAUUUCGUACGAUGUACUUGGUUAUUGUCUCGUGGAAGCACUAGCUGGCGCUGACCGUGAUAGAUUUAAACACGAUGGCACUAGCAUAUCCCUCUGGCUCCAAUCUCUCGCUUCAUUUUGUGGAGCUAUAUUCAAAAAAUAUAAUAUUGAACUUACCGGUUUGCUACAAUACGUAGCUAACCAACUGAAGGCACAAAAAAGCUUAGAUUUAUUAAUAUUGAAAGAGAUAGUACAAAAAAUGGCAGGUAUUGAAGCUGCCGAAGAAAUGACUUCUGAUCAGUUAGAUGCUAUGGCCGGUGGUGACUUACUAAAAAACGAGGCUGGCUACUUCAGUCAAGUGCGUAACACAAAGAAAUCAUCUCAACGGUUGAAGGAAGCUCUUGCUGAGCAUGAUCUUGCUGUUGCUUUGUGUUUAUUAAUGGCACAGCAAAAGCAUUGUGUCGUAUAUAGGGAAACAGAUAAAUCUCAUCUUAAACUUGUCGGCAAGUUGUAUGAUCAGUGCCAAGAUACGUUAGUUCAGUUCGGAACAUUUUUGGGUUCUACAAUGACAGUAGACGAAUACGUGGAGAGACUUCCUUCUAUACAUUCUAUGCUACAGGACAAUCACAUACAUUCUGAUGUUGCAUUUUUCCUUGCGAGACCAAUGUUUGCCCAUGCUAUUAACAUUAAAUAUGAUGCCCUGCGUAAAGCUGAUCCAAAUUACAAGAAAAUGUCUACCGCUAUGAAACAAGCGAAGUAUGCAGAAGCUGCGCAAGCAGUAAUGGCGCCUGUUGCUCAAUCCGUUAGACCUUUGCACCCUUUGAAAGUGUGGGAAGAUAUUUCACCUCAAUUUCUAGUAACAUUCUGGUCCCUGUCUAUGUACGAUUUAUACGUUCCCGUUGAGAGCUAUCAACGAGAGAUUAACAAAUUGAAGCAGCUCGCAGCGCAAAGUGCUGAUUCCAAAGACAUGAAUGUUAGUAAAGGAAAGAAAGAACAAGAAAGAUGUACUACUUUAAUUGAGAAACUGCAAGAUGAAAGAAGAAAACAAGAAGAGCACGUUGAAAAAGUGUUCGCAUAUCUGAGACAAGAAAAGGAUACGUGGUUCUUGUCACGAAGCGCCAAAUCAGCGAAAAAUGAAACGAUAACGCAAUUCCUUCAAUUGUGUUUGUUCCCUCGAUGUACAUUCACCACUGUAGAUGCCAUGUACUGUGCGAAGUUCGUUCACACUAUACAUUCUUUGAAGACUGCAAAUUUUUCGACACUUCUAUGCUACGACAGACUUUUCUGUGAUAUAACAUAUUCAGUUACCUCGUGCACCGAGAACGAAGCGAAUCGUUACGGAAGAUUUUUGUGCGCCAUGCUAGAAACCGUGAUGAGAUGGCAUUCUGAGAAAGCCAUAUUCGAUAAGGAAUGUAGUAAUUACCCAGGAUUUGUAACGAAGUUCCGAGUUAGCAAUCAAUUCUCUGAAGCGAACGACAUGGUAGGGUUUGAAAAUUACAGGCACGUGUGCCACAAAUGGCACUACAAGAUUACGAAGGCUAUCGUAGUUUGUCUGGAUUCUAAGGAUUACGUACAAAUAAGAAAUUCUUUAAUAAUAUUGAUAAAAAUAUUGCCACAUUUUCCUGUAUUGGCUAAGUUGUCUCAAAUCCUUGAGCGUAAAGUGGAGAAAGUGAGGGAAGAGGAGCGUGGGCAACGACAGGACCUCCAUGUUUUGGCUACGUCGUACAGUGGUCAAUUGAAAGCUAAAACUCCGAACAUGAUCCGUGAAGCAGACUUUCACCAUGUCGGCGACAAAGCUGGAAAGACCCAAGAUACUCCAAACAGCGACGCGUCGGAGAAAGUGGGCGAUGGAAUCUCUAGUAAAGAGAUAACAAAUGGCGACACUCGAAUUGAAAAAGAAAAUAAAGACCAACGUGAGAAGAGAAGUGCAUCGAAUCAACUAUAUCACGAGAGUUCUGAGAAAGUCAGAAAAAAGGAGGAAGGUAAAGAGAGUACAGAGGGAAAAGACAAGCACCUGAAAAAAGAAGAGGUUAAAGAAGAUGAUCCCAUGGACAAGAAGGAUCGUAAAUACUACAAAGAAGAACAUUAUUAUAGUAGUGGAGUAGAUAAUUUAGAUCGGGAUCUUUCUAGUGUAUCAAAUAGUAGUGCUAGUUCCGGACCAACGCAAGAUGGAUCUGACAGAGAUGCCAAAAGAAGAAAACUUGAAAAUAUACAGAAGGAAGGAAGACGCGCGGAAGGGAACUUGGAUAAAAAGGAGCGUUCGAGCAAAAGCAAAAUAAGGGAGGAACAGAAGGAACUCCGAAGAGAAAAGAAAGUGGGGCGGAAAAGGCAGGAUAGAGCAGACGAAUCAGCAGUUACGACAGAACAAAAGAGAAGAAAAGACGAUGAAAGAGCGAAAGGAGCGCAUCAAAAUGGCGACAUGCCCGAACAUAGAGAAAAACAUCAUUACAAUAAGGAAAAGUCUCCCUACACAAAGGAACGUACUCAUGAACGGGAAGGUCGUGAGGGCAGAGAUAAACAUAGAAGGAGUUCGGAUCCCAAACGAAGAUGAUGUACAACACUGGAAAAAAUUUGACUUCACAUUUUAUAUACUACGUUUGGUGUUGCAUGUAAUUAAGGUAGAAUUCAAAUAAUAAAGAAAAAAAAUAGUGAAUAAUUUGUAUAUUAUAUUGACGUCCAAUUUUAUAAAAUAAACUAGGUAACAAAAAAC